UGUUAAAUGUUAAAUGUAAAUGUUAAAUCUAUAUCUAAAUGUUAAAUGUUAAAUCUAAAUUUUAAAUCUAAAUCUAAAUGUUAAAUGUUAAAUCUAAAUGUUAAAUGUUAAAUCUAAAUGUUAACUCUAAAUGUGUCGCCAAGUGUAAAGCUAAAUAUUUAGAAAAUAUUCAAAUCCCCAAUGAAACCACGCCCGCUUCAAAUCGCGCGGCAAAGAUCGAGCGGCAAAGUCAAAGACAAAGACAAAGACAAAGUCAAGCAGGCAUGGCCGGACGAUCUCUGGGAGUCCUGGACAUCGAACGGGUGGUCAUUGCAGCUGUACGGGCUGCACUCCAGGGUGUAGCUCCCCCGGUCCAGUCCACAUCAGCAACGAUAAGUUAAGUUGUUUUAAUUUGAUUAUUAAUUAUUAAUUAAUUAUUUAUGCAGACGAGGGGGUUAGCCACUGUUAGCUAACCCAGCCAGUUAGCUGUGUGGUAUAUGCUAGCUGAAGUUUUGUUAUCCACUCCACUGUAAGGACUCUCUGUAGCCUAGUUGACUUAGUGAUUACCAGUGACAAAACCGACCACUUACUCUAUGAAGCCUGUGCUGUGGUUAACAUGUGUAAUAUUAACGUACUUUGCCGCUAUAUCUCACAUCUAAAAUGCGGGCUCUUGUUUCAGGUUUCAACACCAGCGGUGCCCAGUGCCUCAGGCACUUCCAACUUUGCCACCACCGUCACAUCACUGAGAUCAGCUCCUCUGCCAUCCAUCCCUCUACGUAAUCGGGCUCAAUCGGGAUACUUGAGACGAAGGAAUGUCAAAACAUACACGAAGGAUGUUGUAUGUUUAACUUUUUCACCGGGGGUAUCGGUCUUCAUUAUACCCAGAGGAGAAACUCGGACCAGGUUAGCUACGGCUGGCCUUGUUGGAAAAAUUUCUUUUUCCACAGAAUGGUCUGAAGACCAAGUGAGAGCUGAAAUAACAGCUAUCUUCAGUGGAGUAUUUGGCUUAUCAGAGCACCAGUCACUUCCAUUUCAGUUUUUGAGCACCAUCAAGGGGUGUAAAAAACUGAUGAUACCGAAGGUCACCUCCAAUUUCCCCUGGGGUGGUAAAGAAGUUGCCUCCAUCUGUUCCAGCACAUGCCUGUAUAUUAUGGCAGAAAUGGAAGUUCCUGCACAGGUGAGCAUGUUAUUGAAUACAUUAGUGUGGUAACUCGGCGGACAAAAGGCUCAGUCUAAAUCGGGUGCUGCCCAUUUAUUGAACUCAGAAAAAGCUUUCAGCCCACACUAGUCCACAGUUUUUUGGCCCCUAUAUUUUCACAGACCUUGGGCCUUGAUCUGUUACUGCACAUGGGACGGAACACCCAUAAACUGGUGCUCCAGUGAUGAGCACACCUGUACUCAAUAACUGAAUCAUCCCCCACAUCCUAUUCCAACACAUACCUCUAUCUCCAUUUACUAGCUAGAUGUUGUUUACUCCCCACACCAAGAAAAUAUGUAAUUUUUCAAUCAGAUACAAUUAUGUCUGAUUGAAUUACUGUUCAAGUUGCCUGUUUUUACAUAGGAGUACCUUUUUCUUUUGUGCAGAACUGUAGUGUGGAGCUGUCUGAUGACAGUGAUUUUGAAAGCCCGGUUGUACAACGAAGGAGAGUGACUCAGAGACAUGCACCGUCCAGAGCCCAGAGCGAACACUGUGAGAGGCAAGAGAGGGUGGAAGCCAGUGCUCCUCAAUCUGAUGAUGGGAUGGACCUACAGGGACAGCGAGGGCCAAAUGAAGCUAUGAAUCACUUUGCAGAUUUCAUUCCUAUUGAUAUUGAAGAAGAUGAAGCCAUUGAGGAGGCCAUCAGGCGCAGUCUUUUAGAAGAGUCUGUGCAGCCCUCACAGGAUUCAAGGUUUGCAGAAAGUUUGAGCAUAGAAGAAAUGACAGGAAUUGUGAAAGCUCACAGUGAGAGGGUUGUCACAGAAGCAUACAGACCAAUCUACAUCAGCCGAGGGAACGUGUGGACAACUGCCCUCCGACAGUUUAGUAGACGGAAAUUCACUGAGUGCACCGAUCUGCUGUAUGUCACCUUUGCCAGUGACGAAGGCACCAACGAAGAUGGAGAAGACCUCGGAGGGCCACGGCGAGAAUUCUUCCGUCUGCUUGUGAAAGCCAUCUUCAAAGAGAGUGGAGCAUUUGAAGAGUCUCUAAAUGGCUUCACUCCAAGAAUGAACAUUUCUCAUGUGCAGAAUGGAGUGUACCGCACUAUUGGACAGAUGAUGUCUACCAUCAUCGUCCAGGGUGGUGAACCUCCAGCCCUCCUUUCUCCUCUGGUAGUGGACUACCUUCUGACAGGACACAUCUUUCAGUUGAAGGUCACUCCAGAUGAUGUAGCUGACAUGGAACUGAGAGAAGCCCUGAAGAAGGUUGAUCAAGCAUUAACCACAGAGGAGCUGGAGCAAGCAGUGGAAUGCUGUGACUCAUGGAGAUACCAACUCGAAGGUCUUCCGAACCCAGUCAGCAUGGACAACAAAGAUGCAUUUGUGCAGAAUGCAAUACUUUUCCAUGUCGUCAUUCAACGACAGAGCUGCUAUGAUCAGUUAGUUGAGGGUUUGAAGUACUACGAGGUUCUGCCACUCCUGAAAGAAAGGCCUUGCCUUAGGGUCCUUCUUGAUAUGCCCGAAGAACCCAGUGAUGUCCCAGCAGAUGUUGUGGCUACCCUCCUGAAACCCAACUACUCUGUUCUGGGAAGUAACAAAAGACCAAGAGAGGAGUUAAUGGUGGUUAAGUUCAGAGAGUUUCUUCACUGUGUACAAGAGAAGGAGCUUGGGGAACAUCUUAACGGCAGGAACCUCACUGAGGCAGAAAAUGUGUUUAUCCUGACAUUGAAUCCUGGACACAUCCUAGCCUUUGCAACGGGAAGCAGCAAAGUUCCUGCAAUUGGAUUUUCUCCCAGUCCAAAACUGACUUUUGUUCAUGAUGACACGAAGCACCUCCUCAUUGCUCACACCUGCUCAAAUGAGCUUCAGAUCUUUGUUAAUAGAAAGAAUCUGGCAGAUGACGAUGAGUUUGAUUACAAUUGUCUGGUGGCUCUCAUGAAUGGAUCAAUUUUUAGUGCUGUGUAGUCUCGAAAAAAAAUGCUUGGACUGUACAUUUGGAGCCCAGAUCUUUUAAUGGGUGGACUUGUUUAGAAUCUGGUGUAGCAUGUUGUUUGAGUUAAAAUGUUGUUUCGCCUAAACUCUGAUCUGAACUAUGUGUCAUAUAUAGUUUGGACGACGGUUUACUCGUGUUUUUAUUAAUUAUUCUCAGGUGUGUUGUCUGAUUAAUAUUCAUUGUUCAUUUUAGCUGUAUCAGACAGACUAUUGUUUUCAUUCCGUUAAAUUAUUUAAAUGCAGUAUUUCAAAUAAGUGCCCGGUUCCUAUAGACUCACAGGUGUGAGUUAAAAUAAAAUAUAUCUUUGCACACGAUCACAUUCCAAAUCCCUACUUUCUUGACUUUUCCUAAAUAUGUUUGUUGCACCACCCUGUGUUCAUACUUUUUUUUUUCAGACCGGGAAAGCUAUUAUAGAGCAUUUUUUAUGUAUUCCUAUGUAAUUGUUUUUUUUUCCAAGGAUGCAAUGCUCUUCCUUUGUCAGCAGAGGUCGCAAGGGGACAUUCUGAACUGAAUAAGAUUGAUAUCUAUAGGUAGAUAUACAGACAGGCAGACAGACGCAGACAGAGGUGGCCAAUACGUCGACCGCGAUCGACUGGUCGACCGCGAGAGUAGUGCGGGUCGAUUGCGUGACAUUAAAAUAAU